AUGCCAUGUUUGAUCCGUCUAACGAAAUCGAAAUUCAGUCGACUAGAUCGACAAGAUGCAUUGUCACUGAUUAGCUCACGAACUGGAACAUCGUUGACACUCGAGCAAGGAGUAAAUGGCAGCGCAUUGCACAAGAAGGCACUGCCCGAAGGCAGUGGGGGUCUUCGGCCUGAGCAACUGGGCUGCUGGCGAUCACAUGCCAAUGUUUGGAAAAGAAUGUUGGACGAAAACAUCGAGACUGCAUUGGUCAUCGAGGACGACGUGGAUUGGGAUAUUCAUAUCCGCGACAUCUUUAUCGAGCUGAGCCAUAAUAUGGCUCUCCAGACUCAGUUUCCAAAUUUGCUGCCUCGCUCAAAACCAAUAACAGCCCCAUAUGGGCUUGAUUGGGAUGUAUUAUACGUUGGCUCUUGCUGGGAUAUCCCGAACGGAGAUAACCGUCCACCUCAUUUCCUAUACCACGACCCAUUUGCCCCUUCCAGAAACCAAACAGGCGGCUCAUAUAUCAACGAACUUGAGGGAUGGGGAGCGAAGGUGACGGAAACUUCGCGACAUCGCCUGAUCGCUCCCUCCUGGUAUCCCGUUUGCACAAUAGGAUAUGCUGUCACUAGGAAAGGAGCUGAAAAGCUUCUAUAUAACCUGGGUGGAUAUAAAGGGCUCGGAGCACCAGUAGACUUGGGCAUGAUAAGUCUCAUUCAAAAAGGCAUCUUGGAUUCUUACACCAUCAUACCUCCGAUAGUGACACGGUUCCGAACCGGAGGACCGCGGGAUAGCGAUAUUGAUGAAGUUAGCCCCAAUGACUCUGAUCCAGGGGGAUCUGAAAAUCUGCGGAUGAGCGCAAGGGAGGUGAUGGAGAAUAUUGAAGAAAAAUAG